UGUGUGUCGCCCCCAUCGUCACGCCGCGCUCAUCUGCAGCUACAACCGUCACAGUGGUCUCACACACACACACACACACACGCGUUCACGCAAGUGUAUGGUUCAUACACACUCACACCGCUAUCCUGCUGGUGACAGACACAGCUGGUUAGCUAGCAAGCUAAUGAACGUCGCCUGUUAUUGACCAGCGUUGUGUUUGGAUUUGUUUCUUUUCUCCCCCUCCGUACUGUGAUGUUUAGACGUGAUUAUCGCUGAAAUUACGGACUGUCUGCAUCUCUCCUCGGCUGACCGGGAGCCGCCAUGGAAUGCCGUGUUCUGUCCAUACAGAGCCAUGUAGUCCGGGGAUAUGUGGGCAAUAAGAGCGCCUCUUUCCCAUUACAGGUUUUAGGGUUUGAAGUGGACUCCAUUAACUCUGUCCAGUUCUCCAACCACACAGGUUAUUCCCAUUGGAAAGGCCAGGUGUUGACAGCAGACGAGCUCCAUGUUCUUUAUGAGGGAAUCAAACUGAACAAUGUUCACCACUAUGAUUACGUUUUAACAGGGUAUACCAGAGACACAUCCUUCUUAGAGAUGGUGGUGGACAUAGUUCAGGAGUUAAAGCGAGCCAAUCCCAACCUGGUGUACGUAUGUGACCCCGUCCUCGGCGAUCAUGGAUCUAUGUACGUUCCGCAGAAUCUUUAUCCAGUCUAUAAGAACAAGGUGGUUCCUGUUGCUGACAUUAUUACUCCAAACCAGUUUGAAGCUGAAUUACUGACGGGGAAAAACAUUAGCACGGAGAAAGAUGCUGUAGAGGUUAUGGACCUUCUUCAUGCUAUGGGCCCAGACACAGUGGUCAUCACCUCCUCUGAUCUGCCCUCCAGACUGGGUGACCGCUUCCUGGUAUCACUGGGCAGCCAGCGCCAUGUUCGUCCAGACGGCAGCAGGACAACACAGAGAGUUCGAAUAGAAGUUCCCAAAGUGGACGCCGUCUUUGUAGGAACUGGAGACUUGUUUGCUGCUAUGAUGCUUGCGUGGACACACCACUACCCUAAUGACCUAAAGACGGCCUGUGAGAAGACGUUUUCAGUGAUGCACCAUGUUAUUCAGAGGACCAUAUCUUAUGCUCAUGAGUUAGCAGGUCCUGGUCGGAGGCCCAGUCCUCCACAGCUGGAGCUGAGGAUGGUUCAGAGUAAAGCCGACAUAGAAGACCCUGCUAUAGUUGCGGAGGCUACAGUCAUAUCCUAACAUUAGUGACCCAUAAGACUCAUACUAACCUUGUCCUCACCCAUAAAUCUCUCGACUCCUGUAUCUCGGUAAAAUCUCUCUCAUUGCUGUGAACCUUAACGUAAACACCACAUCAUCCAGACUCUUCAAAAAGAAAACAAAAAAAAACAUUAGUAUUGUAACUACUUAAGCCCCUAAACUCCUCAGUGUCCUGAUCCCUUAGACCAAACCCUUCACCUGCAACUCUUAGACCCUUGAACCCAAACCCUGUUUCAGAACCAGAGCCAUGGAUAGACAGAAGGUGUGUUCUGUGAGACUGUGGUGGCCACUUUUUGCCUCUUCUCUAACAGGGUAUGUGAGUGGAAUGCACGGCUUCUGUUUAAUGGAAAACUGAGGGGCUGAAGUGUUGUUUCUCACUCUGACAUUUAUCUAAUAUGUAGUCAAACAAUUAAAAAAAUAUCAAUAUUGUACGACCGUUAACAGUAAGAUAUAAGAUGCUCAGAUAUUGUUACAAUACAGUGUUUGUUAAAUUCAGAUUUAGACAUAAGGUGCUGGCAUAUGUUAUGGGAAAGAUGGAGUGAGUCUUUGACUGUUAAGACCUAUUCAGGUGAUUACUUUUGUGAGGAGUGGAAAGUUGGGAGUGAGGAAUUAAUACGUUAACUGAGAGGAGGUGGUAAAAGUAUUUUUUACCCUCAUGGAAUCACACUUGAUGAUAUUUUAAUACAUGAAUCAAAACACAAUGGGAAAACUUAACAAUACUAUACACACACGUUAUGUUAUGGCUCUGUUUUUAAAGAAUAUUUUUAAUGAGACACAACAUAUUUUUUAGUAUUUAUCCAAAAUGGUAAAUGGAUUCCAGCUACUGACUGUUUCAGUGAGAUAAAAUUGCUCCCAAACUCUACCUCUAAAUUAUUAAAGCUGUAGUCCGUAAUUUGUUUCUAAAACACUGUUUUAGUGUAGCCUGCUAUUUCAACAUUUUCCACACUGCUACUACACCAGAUUGUUUGGGGUUUUUUCUCCAGUUUUAUUUAUUGACAGCUAUCCGGACAUGUAGACAAUUAAAAAAAAAAACACAAAAGUGUUUUAGAAAUAAACUACAGACUUGAGCUUUGCCUUUAAACUUUGCCUACUUUAUUGCUCUAUUACUGCCACUCCGCUCAGCUCACAUACUCUGUAUUAUUUUUGACUGUGUUGCACGCUAGCGACGGUCCUCCACACCAGUUGCCAAGUAGCAGCAUCGCACCGGUCGUACUGUCAACUUGUAAAGAUCAAUCACUGUUGAUCUAUGGCUCUGCCCCACCACUAUUUCAACCCCCCCUCCCUGUCUUACAGCAGUGAUGUAAUGUGACCAAGUCUUAACCCCCAAACCCCCUUGACAAUAAUAACAAAGGAAAAAAAAACGCACAAUGUAUAGUUGAUGUAUAGAUGUUGUACCAUAACUGUAUUGGACCAUCUGUAUGAUAUCUUCUAUCUGAUCUGUCUGUUGGACCAUUGUGUUGAUGCUACUGUACUAUAGACCACACACACUACAAUAUCACCAAAACCAGAGACAUAAUCAUGGGCUGGUUCUGGCUCUGUGGACAGCACCAGGGGCUCCAGGUGCUGUCACUUUUAGUAAUAGGUAACUGUCUAAUAAUCAUAGUUUAUAGUUAGAACCUGUUUCAUCUCAACUUAAAGAAAAAUAUGGACACCUGGAGCUGUCAGAGCUGCCCCCAGCUGAACAUUCUUAGACCAGUCGAAAAUCAGCUGCCUCAGCGCCAGAACUGAUCCACAACAUCAUAGCUGGGUGGUUCCCAGCCCAGCUCUGGCCCAGAACCUUAUAUCUGAGAGUUGUGCCACUGAAUUUAGUGGAGGCCUCGAGACUCUCCUCGACACAGCAGGAGACUUCCCCUUAACAUCCAAAUGUCUGUUGUGGAAAACGCAGUUUUGAUUCACUUCACACUCCACUGAUGACAGAAAUGAUGACAGCCACUCGAGUUUCAGGAAAAAUGAAAUACCUGAUUAGAAAAGAGUUGAAUAUGUCAUGUUUGUCUUCUCUUUAGCGUCUCUUUUUUUUACGUUAUAAUUUUUAUUAUAAUUAUAACGUUUAUAUGUAUAUCACUUUAGCUUAAUACUCUUGCAUCUGGGAGUAUUGAUCCAACCAAUGUUUAAUAUUUUUACAUAAUGAUUUUAAGAUGCCAUAGAAACUAGAUUUUCUUGUUUCCUUCUGGCUGAGCAGUAGGUUUGAUGUCCUACAGUAAACUAGCAAACUUUCCUCCAUGAAACAGUUGCGUUGUCUUCCCCUGAGUUAAUUUGACUCAGUACAAUCUAUCUGAAAUGAUCAGAGUCAUCUUUAAUAAUAAUUAUUCCAAAAUAGCUGUCACAUUCUGUUUUUCACUGGAGUGUGGUGGGUGGUGAUGAGAAAAUGUCAUGAGCCAGUUUCAACUCAAUGAUGUUGCAAGAACUCAGCAUGUGCCUUAGCCCACUGAGCUACCAGGGCACCACAGCAGAUGAGAUUUUCACAUUGUUUAGGUUUUUCUUUUCUAAAUCCCUCUUUUCUUCCUGGUUUGAAUGUUCAACAAUCUUUCAACAACAGUAAACGGCAACAAUGUGAGUGAACUCUGCUUGGCAACAUCUCACACUUUUGGAAACCAAAUAACUUGAGGCUUAAAAAACAAAACAAGUAAAUCUAGAUACUGUCAGUGUCCCAACUGAGCUGGAUCUAAGGUUCUGGGCAGACCAGUGUAUUUCUGUACUGCUGUUGUUUCUCUAUGGACUGUACUGUGAUACUGCCUUAGGAACUUGACAUUAUACAACAUCAUAAUACUGCUCACUGAGGAAGAGGAGAGAGGAGGAGAGGGGGAAGGAAGGGAAUGUGAGACUUUUUUUGACUGUACAUUUGAAAGGGGCAAGGGAUGAGACCAUACAUGCUGAUUUAGGGUUGUAAGGCGUUACAUUUUUUAUUAUUAUUCGUUUUUUUAUGCAUUGACGCAAGCCAUUCUCUUCAAAUAUCUUUCUAUUUUCCAAUUCAGAACUGACAUGGAUUCAGUUUGUAAUUAUACAUAGAAGAACAGAGAAGCUGAAAUCAGCAAGUUUCACUUGAUAAAUGACUUAAAACGAUUUAUCAGAAUUGUUUUUGACGCUCUCUGAUUUGAGGAUGCGGCCUCAUUCUUAUUAACUGUUACAUAUAAUGUUGGUUUUAUUGCGUUUGCAGUGAUAUUUUACCACUGGGGCACUGAUUGUCAUAUCAGUAACCAAUCAGCUUUCAGCUCUGCUAAAAUCAACAUGUGCACUAUCACUGUCCACUCCUCUUAACUGACCAGUUUUACUGUUAGGUCAAAAUGUGUCUACCUGUUGUGUGUUGUUUGUGAGAGUGUGUAUGUAUACAUUUAUAUAUACAUACGUGUGUGUGUGUACUUUUUGUGUGUAUGUGGGUUAGAGUUAGAGAUGAAAAAUUGCUGAAAAACCUAACAAGGAUGGAGGAUGAGAGAGAAGGGGGGUUAUUAGUAUAUAGAGGAAGUGAUGUGUGUCAAAGAGGACAAUCAUUCUGUGAUGGGACACAUUGUUGCACAAAUUCCUCCCUGACCAAAAAAUAAAUAAAAAUAGAGGACUGUUAUUGCCCUGGACAUGUUGAAAUGGGGACAUUCCUUCACCCCUCGUGUCUCCUUGUGCUCUUCCUCCCCUUCCAGCCACCAAAAUGCAGUAUCUCUCCACGCCACUCCAUUCGCCUCCUUGCGGUGUCAGUUGUGUCACUAGAUUUAAGAACCUUAAAUGUUGUGUGAGUAAAUGAGUGUUAUAUUGUACCCCAGCUUCACCCCAUAUAUGCCUUUGUUCUAUACAUAAGUACAUACUUGUCUUUGGAUAGAAAGCGACGCCAUCUGAGUAAUGGCUAAGGAGGGAAUCAGGUAAUGGAUGAUUAAAUCCAGAAGAAGACAGUAAUGUAACACAUUACAGAAAGCCAACUGCCAUUAAACACCACCACUAACUAGAAAAUGGUGACACAUUUGCUUGACCGUCACAAUCAACAGCACAAGUAGCUCUGAUUUAACGUUUUAGAGAUUAAAUUCCUGUCGUGAAACAGUAGUACAGUAUUUAGGAGGACAGAGUCACAUGGAGCUCUGUGCCUAACUGUUAUUUAUUCUCAGUGGUCUUGUAAAUGGUUUGUACCGCCAUCUACUCAAAAAAUGAUGUCGCUGCUAAAUGUCCAACUUUUCUUCAUCAGCCACUUUUGUGCUGAGCACAGAGCAUUUCACAGACUGCUGAGAGUUUGUGGGCUCAGAGUAGUUGCCUGUAAACUGGUAUUAUUAGGUUAUUCAACCUAGUAAGUUUAAAGAAAGAGCUGAAAGCUGCAGAGUUGGGAUGUUUGUGUAGUAUUAGCAGUUUUAGCAACCCUUUCCCAACAAGAUCGCUUCAAGAAACUUGAUUAUAGAUAAAGGACAGAGGUAAAAAAAAUAAUGAACAUGGCUUUGUUUUGCUUUUUCGCCUCUUUGUACCUGUGGUAAUAGAACCAACCCUCAACCCCUCUGUGGAUUGAUUACAAAAUGUCUGCCAAAUAGGAGAGAAGAAAAAAAAAACAGAUUCCUAACCAUCUUGUCUCAGACUGUGGUCCUCUCCUCCUGAUUGAUGGUUCCAUCUCCACCAUCUUGUUUUUCCUGUUCUUGGUGGCCAAAACAACACAAAACAAAAAAAAAACAAAGGAAAUGUAAUAAUCAUUGUUUGGUAACUGUUUUUAGUGCUAUGUUUUUGGAGCGUUACAAGUAUUUUCUAACAUGUUACAAUAAAAGAUUGUAGUGUACAAAUUCACGUUUAUAAAAUAUAUAUAAAUAGAUAUAUAUAGAUAUAUGAGAAAUGUAUGUUCUAAUGCAAUAAAGAGAAAAUAAGAAUUGUGAAAAAUUGA